CCAUCUAAGACCCAACACCAAAACAACAACAACAACAACAUGCCCUCCAAAAGCCCAUUAUAUAUAAUGUGGCAGUAACAUAAGUAUAAAUACGCACAACCCACCACCUGUUUGUGAAAAAGACAACCAAAGGAAAAGAAGGUACUUCAGCUUAGAAUUCAGAGUUCAGAGGUAAAACAAAAAAAAAACAAUGGCGCAACAAGUACAAGCAACACAACCAGUACAGAAGACAACGCUAUACGUGGGAGGACUAGCAGAGGAAGUAAACGAGUCAAUACUCCACGCUGCGUUCAUACCAUUCGGAGACAUAAAAGACGUGAAGACCCCUCUGGACCAAGCCACUCAGAAGCACCGCUCGUUCGGAUUCGUCACUUUCUUAGAGAAAGAAGACGCCACCUCCGCCAUGGACAACAUGGAUGGUGCUGAGCUCUAUGGCCGUGUCCUCACUGUCAACUACGCCCUCCCUGAACGCAUCAAGGGUGGCGAGCAGGGUUGGGCCGCACAGCCCAUUUGGGCGGAUGCCGACACAUGGUUCGAAAGGCAGCAGCAAGAAGAGGAAAUGCAGCGAAUUCAGGCAGAGAAUCGGGCUGCAAUGGAGGCUGCAGAGGAGUUGCAUCGAAAGAAAAUGGCCCAAGAUCGAGAAGGGGAAAAGGAUGAUGAAGAGAUGAAGGAUGAUCCCAUGGCAAGGGCUGAAGCUGAGGUUUUGAAACAGAAAGAUUAGUUCUUCUAAGCUAACCAAAGUGAGCACUUGAUGAGGGAAAGGGAAAUGCUUUCAUUAUCAUUUCUCUUAAAAUCCUAAUUGUUUUUCUAAUCAAAUCUCUGUAACCUGUCACAACUCUCAGUGUAGAACUUUGCAUUGGAAAUGAAUAGUUUUUAUUUUUGUAUGA